UUAGUUCAUUUAGAGAAAGAAAGAAAGAAAGAAGAGAGAGAAAGAAAGAAAGAAGCGAAGCAAAAUCUGAGAUGGCCCGUACUAAGCAAACUGCUCGUAAGUCAACUGGAGGAAAGGCUCCAAGGAAGCAACUCGCCACCAAGGCUGCUCGUAAGUCUGCCCCAACCACUGGAGGAGUCAAGAAGCCCCACAGAUACCGCCCUGGAACUGUUGCUCUUCGUGAAAUCCGUAAGUACCAGAAGAGUACUGAGCUCCUGAUCAGGAAGUUGCCAUUCCAGAGGCUUGUUCGUGAAAUUGCCCAGGACUUCAAGACUGAUCUGCGUUUCCAGAGCCAUGCAGUUCUUGCCCUGCAGGAGGCUGCUGAGGCUUACCUGGUUGGUCUGUUUGAAGACACCAAUCUCUGCGCCAUUCAUGCCAAGCGGGUGACCAUCAUGCCUAAGGACAUCCAGCUGGCUAGGAGGAUCCGGGGUGAGCGUGCUUAAGCUCGCCUGCAAUGGAGGAUGUGGUGGCUGCAGAUGGAAGGAAGGCGGUGUUUUGCUUGGUUUCUUUUAAGUCAGAUCAGAUAGAUAUAGGCUGUAGGUUUGGUCCUAGUUUCUAGGGUGGUUUGUUUAUAGGCAAGACACUAGUAAUGGUGCUUGGGGUGUUGUUUGUAGUAUUUGGAACCUACGUUUUGUUGGUCCCUUAAUUGUUGUAUUUUGUUAUUUUGGUUGUCUGCAGCUUCACCAAAUGGGUAUUGAAACAACUUACUAUUUCAUCUAAUCUAGUUCUGUUUGUUAUGUCUAUUUGUUCAAAAAUGAUCAUAACGUGCAUUGGCUAUGGAAAUUGUGUAAUAAAGAUGCAUGUUAUUGUGCU